AUGUUUCCAGGACAACUUUACAAGACCGAAUCAGGACGUCUGUUUCACGCCGGUGCCAUCGCCAUCAUCUUUGUAGGACUGCCGGCGCGUGGAAAGACUCAUGUGUCGCGGUCGCUGAGCCGAUACCUUCGCUGGCUAGGAGUUCAAACAUCCGUGUUCAGCGUUGGCAAUUACCGUCGUCAGAUCAUUGGCGUCGAGGUGACCAAUGACUUUUUCAGCCCAACGAACAAGGAAACGGCGGACUUGAGACUGAAGAUCGCGAAUGCCUGUUUGGAUGACAUGAUCCGCUGGUUCGCCGCAGGAGGACAGUGUGGGAUUCUGGACGGCAGCAACACAACGGAGGAACGUCGUCGUGAGUUAGUGGAGCGGUUCAAGUCGGUCAAUGUCCACUACAUGUUUAUCGAGUCCAUCUGCGACAACCCCACCAUUAUCGACUCUAACAUCCGAAGCGUCAAGGUCUCAUCACCCGAUUAUGUGGGCUGGAAAGACGUCGAUGCAGUUCAAGACUUUAAGCGCAGGAUCGAGAACCAUAUGCCGUUUUACGUGACCAUUGAGGACAAGACUCUGAGCUGGGUUAAGCUUAUCAAUGUCGGCGAGAAGAUCAUUGUCAAUAAUGUCCAGGGGUUCCUCCAAAGCAAGAUCGUCUACUACCUCAUGAAUCUCCACAUUUCGCCCAGGAAAAUCUACUUUGCCAGGUACGCUGAGAACCUCAAAAACUUUGUUCUCAAGCUUCGAGAGAACCAGAGUCUGCUCUCGCCUGCUAUGACGACCGUAGAGGCGCCUCGACAGCUGACAGUGUGGACAUCAGCUCGUAAGAGGAGCUUCCAGACGGCGGCCCAUUUCUUGGACCAUGAAGAUAUCAUUGUCCGCCAGAGAAGUGUUCUUGGAGAACGUCAUCCAGGAGUCUGCGACCAGAUGACGCCUCAAGAGAUUGAAAAGAAAUAUCCGGAUGAAUGUCUGCGAAGCAUGAAUGACCCCUACCGACACCGCUUUCCUCGCGCCGAGUCUUACUACGACUUGGCGAACAGACUGGAGAAGGUCAUUCUGGAGCUGGAGCGGGAAAAGAAUGAUGUGCUGAUCAUCGCCCAUGAGUCGGUCAUCAAAUGUCUUUAUGGAUACCUGUUCGGUCUCUCAGAACGCAGCAUUCCCUCCUUGGAGAUCCCUGAAAAUGUCCUACUUGAGCUGGUGCCAAGGGCCUAUGCGACUGAAGAGACACGUCAUGUCAUCCCAGAUACGCUGGUCGGUAUCAACUGGCAGCAACGGACAGCCAACCUGCUCUCACUUGCUGGCAAGGUGCCUUCAUCGCCCAUGUUCAUGGACCAUUAUCUGCCGGAUGACAAGCGUAAGGGCCGACCAGGCAGCAACACGGGGUUUUCGACUCCAUUGUCGUCACCUGCACUGUCGUCGACUGCUGUAUCCGAGAUGUCGCCUGGUAUCCAGCACCGGGGAGACCUUGCCGAUGAUCUUGGGCAUGGUCCUGAAGGCAACUUUCGAUUCUUCUCGACAAGUGCACGGUGUACGGCCGCGAUUGAGAAGAAGGCGCUCAACAAAAAGAUCACCCUUCCCAGGGACCCUUACCUCCUCUCAGAAAAAGUCGUAAAGUUCGCCAAGAACGGGAGACUGGACGAUGCGAUCACAUUGGUCAUGGAGGCGCCCAAGAGUCGACAGAACGAGGUUGUCUGGAACCAUCUUAUUCAAGAGUCUUCGAAACUGGGCAAGAUUAAUCAAUCCUGGCAACUCUUGAAUGAUAUGAAGAAGCGCGGAUUCGAGCCAAGUGAAAGGACAUUUACCAUCCUCCUAAACUCCCUCGCCAUCAACGCCACCUCCCCUAACAGUGUCCUCCGCGCCCGCGCCCUGUACCAACAACUCCAAGAUUCCGAAGACCUUUCCCCAACAACCGUACACACCAACGCCCUGCUCAAAGUCUGUACCCGCCAACACGACUACACAGCCCUCCAGGAAGUCUACGCUUCCAUGUCGAAAUCUGGAGAGAACGCACCGGAUGUGAUCACGUAUAGUACGGUGAUUAAUGCGCAUGCGAGAAAGGGUGGAGAUGAAGGAUUUGAGAUGGCUUGGAGGGUGUGGGAGGAUCUGGUGCAGGAUAAGGCGAGACGUGGGGAGGAUGUGGAGUUGGAUAGUAAGAUUGUGGAUGCGGUGUUGUUGGCGUGUCGGGGGGCAAAGAGUGCGGUGUUUGUGAAGAGGGGGUAUAAGCUUGUCGAGUCCUUGUACGGCCUUCCUGCUUCCUCUUCAACCUCAGGAUCAGGAACAGGAGCAGGAGCAGGAGCAGGAGCAGGAUCGGGAUCGGGACCAGCAACAGCAACAGAACGUGCAAUCUCGCCCACCAAAUCCCUCGGCCUCCCACCCGGCUCCCUCCGCAAAGAAACCAUCCACCCUCGAACCGUCGAACUCCUCCUCUCAAUCUGCUCAAACCUCAAAGACUACACCCGAGCAACUCACUACAUGACCCUCAUCCGCUCCCAUUUCCCGGACUUCACACCCGAUCCACAACUCUUAUCAUCCCUCAUGCACCUCCAAAUCUCCAACAAACAAUACGAUACCGCCAUCACCACCUGGGACGAGAUCUCGGGACGGGGACUUCAACAUACCCCAGGUACAUUUAAGCAAGGAUUGGAUGCUGCGCUCAAAGCCCGGAACUGGGACAAGACACAAGAGAUGUACACGCUCAUGCGGGAGCUCAUCGAAAAGAACAAGAAACUCAACUCGUCUUCCUCUUCGGACCUUCACCGAGCCAACACCCUCGUCAACCCACUCGUCCGGUCCCAGGACGCAUGGACCCUGGUCUCGACACUCAAAUGUGCCGUCAAGACGAACCAUAGGGAAGAAGGGUUGGAGAUCUUGAGGAAGAGCCGGUGGAUGAAGGUGGUUCAGAACCCGCAGUACCCGCGUGCGAAUGCCGAUUUGGCGGAUCUCGCCGUCAAGAUCUUGGCGGGGAGUAUGAAAUCUCUCAAAGAGGCCUUUGAUCGCACCGCUAUUACCACCACCACCACUUCCUCCUCCUCCUCCUCCUCCACAGUGGACAGCGAGACGAUGGGAGCGACAACGACAUCAACAAUAACAACUACAACAGAAGGCGGCGAUAGCUCCACUACUGGAAACCAGGAGAGACACGAACAAGAAAUGGAGAAGUUGAAGCGAGAGCUGACCGAUGCUAAGGCUAUACAGACGCAGAUGACAAAGACGUUGGCGGAUCAUGAUGCUGGGAAGGCGGCGCAGAAGGAAAUUGAGGACGUCAACCGGUUCAGGAACCGUCGUUCGUCAUCAUCGUCGACUGAAUCGUCCUCGCGAUAUGGAUCUUCAAGCCGCGAAUCUUCCAGAUACAGCUCCCGCAACGAUAACAGUGAUGAGGACGAAGGUGACAGAUCGGCAUCAGGAGGAGGCGGUGGUGGUGGUGGUUGGAGGAAGGUCUCGGCUGAGGAGUACACGGAGAACAACAGCAACAACAACAAACAUCAAAAGUCAUGGACAAGGAAAGAUUCAACAGCAACUUCAUCCUCGCCGUCAUACUCUGAUCGCCCUCAAACGUCCUAUAGAGGAGGAGCAGGAGGACGUUCAGGAUCGUCGUAUUCGCCCCGUCGAUACCAACGAGAUAACUAUGGAUCAGUCAAUGAUGCCUUUACCCCUAGGAAACGGUUCACUCGCACCAUUGACGAAUAA